CUUUCUCAAACAUCUAUAGAUUUUUGGGGCACCCACUUUGUCGUUUCAUUGGUCUCUAUAGCAACCGAAUAGAUAAACCUAAGAGGGUUUAACCUCGUUUCUUCAAUCCAUUCUUCGCUGUUUCGAACGGGUGUUUGGUCUCUUCUCUCUUAUCCAUGGCAUCAACGUUUCUCACCCUUCCAACUCCAUUCCUACACAAAACCAAUGCCAUUUCUUUCUCUAACAAGAGACCCUCUUUUUCCCGGAGGAGCUCUCUGAAGAUCAAUGCAAUUGCCAAAAAGUGGGAACCCACUAAGGUUGUGCCUCAGGCUGAUAGAGUUCUUAUUCGUUUGGAAGAGCUAUCAGAUAAAACAGCUGGGGGAGUUUUGCUGCCCAAGUCAGCUGUGAAAUUUGAGCGAUAUCUUGUGGGAGAAAUCCUAAAUGUUGGUGCUGAGGUUGGAGAAUUAAAGGCUGGAACAAAGGUACUAUUCACUGACAUGAGUGCUUAUGAGGUGGAUUUGGGGACUGAUGCAAAGCACUGCUUCUGCAAAGCUAGUGACUUGUUAGCAGUGGUUGAGUAGGGUUUGGCCCCUGCAUGAAACAAAGAGGGUGCACUAUUUUUUUUAUAACAUCUUUGACAAAUGUAUUUUCAAUUGAAUAAACCAUUUCUGUUAAUUGGUGUUAAAAUGUUAUAUUCCUUUUCUGUUAUAGUUUCUGAAUCAAAACUCUAAUCAUAAAUUUGUGUUCUACCCUUUCCAA